CGAGCACUCGUAGUACCGAGCGAACGCGACGCGCGCGCCAUAGUGCGUAGUGUAGUGGCUGCCUGCGUAGUGACUCAAGGAAACAUUGUGCUGCGAUGAGACUCGAGCAUGGCGUCGGGUCGUAGGUGAGCGAGGUGGGCAAGAUAUCGGGCGCGAGGCGCGGCUCGGGCAGCGGCGGCAUGGUGCUGGAGGGCGGGCUGCCGGCGCCGCUGCAGCUGUACGCGGCGGCCGCGGCGCAGCUGGCCCCCCGGCCUCCGUGGCCGCCGUUCCUGCCGUUCUUCGGUGUUCCUCCGCCGUUCCUGGCGCGGCCCAGGUUGCCGCACCCUAUGCCGGCUCGGGCCCCACACGGCCCCCCCAGUGAAGACUCCAAUGAGGAUGGUGCCAGCAGUAAAGGUGGCGUAUGUGACGAUGAUGGUGACAGUGGAAAAAGAAGACGAUCUCGGACGAACUUCAACUCCUGGCAGCUGGAGGAGCUAGAGCGAGCGUUCCUGGCGUCUCACUACCCCGACGUGUUCAUGAGAGAAGCCCUCGCCAUGAGAUUGGAUCUCAAGGAGAGCAGAGUAGCUGUAUGGUUUCAAAACCGAAGAGCAAAAUGGCGUAAGAAGGAGCACACAAAGAAAGGUCCUGGUCGACCGGCUCACAAUGCACACCCACAGUCUUGUUCUGGAGAACCGAUACCACCACACGAGCUGAGAGCCAGGGAGAGGGCGAGAAGAAGAAAGAAGUUGGCAAAAGCGUUGGAGAGGCAAGCGAGGAAGCUACGGGCUAAGGGCAUCGCGGUGGACCUUGAGGCUCUGAAGGCGGAGUACCUGGCCCAGCACAAAAAUAGCGGCUUGUACUCCGACUCAGACGGAGACGGAGAGGGGGAGGACAGCAUGAUAGAUGUAGUAGGGGGAGACUCCUGCCACGACUCGGGACCUGAAGACUUCUCCCUAUCGGGCCGACUUCGGGCACCUUCGGGGGGCGACGGCAUGAACAACUCAGACAGUUCGACGUCUGACGGCCAUUCGGGGCGGCACUUCAGCCCAACCCCCGACCCUCAGCCCUCGUUCUUCAAGCACUUCAGCGGAGCCAGUACGAACUUUGAGAAGUUCGACUUCGACUCAGGUCGAGCUGUCUCCUUAGACCUGAGCGGUGGAGGCCACGCUACGGAGGACCUCUCGAAAAAUGGAGGGACAAGAAAACAUAAUCCUUUCAGUAUAGAGUCCUUACUUAACACGUGAAAGUGACUACAAUGUGACAAUAGAGGCUCUCGGAUAAUUCGUGACUGACCAGUGAACGUUGUGGCUGAGUGACUCAGCAGUGACUGAAUGUCGAUGGUAACAGAGUUCUCUCGGUACGCUAAAAGUGAAAAUACUUCGGGAACCAAUAUUUCUGCUGAUGUAGCUACGAUAGUGCUGUACCAACACUUGAUGGCAUUUCAGAGUUGUUACUUUGCUUACAGUAAAAUGUUAUUAUCAUUAGAUUAAUCAGCUUUUGUAAAGACUUGAUGAGUACCAUAUAAUUAAUAAAAACAUAUCUCGUGUGAAUACUAGACCUAGGCAAUGUAUUAUAUAGGUAGUAGUGUAUAUAGUAACGAUCUAUAUUUAUUUUCCUUAAUGUUAAUAUAUUUUUCUCUUACAAUCGGGGCAAUAAUUUUAUAUUGACGUUUGUUGAUGAUGUGGUAUUUUAUUCGUUUUUUUUGCGAUUUCAAAUUUUAUUUUUUUAUUUACUAAAUGGCGUAUGACUUGAAUGAUGUUUGAGUCGAAAAUAUAUGCUAAACAAGUAUAAUUAUAUACACGUAAAUUGGUGUGAAGAAUAUUUCAGUAGGUAACGGGCUAAAUUUGUUAACUUUCAGGAACAAAACAUUUUAGGUAGUUUUAAAUGUGUCAUUACGGUUUAACAACCCAAUGAAACACUAAGUUUUACUCCAUUAGACAUAAUGGUGAGCAAUUAACUUAAUUACGACGCCAUUGCUGUAUAAUUUCUUGACAGAAACACUUUGUAACAAUUACUGCGAUAAACUGAACCAGCCAUGAUACAUCAAGCUUACAAAAAGGUUGAAAAAAUAUGACAUUAAUACCCUUUAAGUUUUCUUAUCGAUAUCUCGAUAUCACAAUAUCGAUACUAAACAAAACCGGACAGGACAACAUUAACACAAAAUAAUAAAUUUUAAUUAAUUUAAAAACAGACUUUAUGAAUCUAUAAAUAAAAAUAUCAAUUUAAUUUUAAACACAAGAAAUAAAUUAUAAAAAUAAUAAAAAGUCUUUAUCUUGGCUCUACGAACUAGAACAACAGACGCUAUAAGAGAGCACUAAUAAAAAAAACAAAUCCAUAAACUAAAAAAGAUGGCGGCGCAAAUAAAAUUACUAUUGGCGAAAGAAAUACAAUCUCUUGUCGUAAAAUAACAACAAUUAAUGAACGUAUAAUGCGUAACGACCGAUAAGAGAGCCAAUUAGCAAAACAUUAUGGCUGCGUUCACUUUACUGCCAUUUUUACUUAUUCCGCAGUAAGUUUAUAGGUACAUAACAAUGUGCAACCCGAUUGGUCACGGAGUCAUUGUCUCGAGCCGUUGGCACGUGAAAUUAUCCACUUUGAAAAUGGCUAUAGAACAUUUUUAUUAAUGUUUCUCUUAUUCUCUUUUACCUGGCCUUUACACAACUAGAUUAUGGUCAGCAGUACCGUCUAGAUUUAACUGAAUGUCAGUAUCCGUUUACAGUUCCAAGAUUUAACUACAGAUUAAUCUUAAUAGAAUUUUCUCAAUAAAACUUGUUAUUAAAUCUGAGGGCUUGACUGCAAUUAAUGUCACUAUAGUCUUGUGAGAAGCAGAACCGAUGGCAUUUAAUUAAUAGUUAAUAGACGACACAAUUAUAUCAUAAAAUCAGAAAGUGGGAAAUGAUUGGGGAAAGUAGCCCUUCGAUACUUUUCUCUGCCGAUCAAGAAACAUUGACCUCAAAGUAACUCUAGGAUAAAAUAUAAAGAAAAUACUUAGGUAUAAUCAUGUUACACUAUACAAAGUUGCAAUUAUAUAACAAACAAAGUUCGUCAUUGAUAAACUAAAUUAACGUUCAAGGACGAAACAAUUUGCUAAAGCAAUUUGGCAAAAGAAUAACAUUGAUAUACGCAAUGUAAUGUAACCCCUAGAUAAGGUGACACCUAUAAAACUGUUUUUAGUACAUUGUUAUGGAAACAUCAAGACAAAAUAAUGUUUAUUACUCGUUAUAAUUGACAUUUGUUGGUUUACAACAAUUAACAUUUGACGUCGAGUCAUUUUAUUGGUGCCCGUAACCUACUGACACCAAUUUACAGUCACCAUAUCCUGAUAAUUCACAUAAAUGAUAAAAUAAUCAUUCAUACCCUCUGAUGAUAAAAACUCUUUGAUCUCUCUUUUAAAACUGUACCUACAAGUAAUAUUAAGAAUUGUGUCUAGAUUUUAAAAUGUAUUUUAUUUUUUAUGAAAUAUUUUGCCAGUGUAUAACGAUUUAUAGUUCAAAUGUAUAAGGCAUACAUUCGUCUGUUCAUCUUAAUUUAUAUUUAAGACAUUGUUACAUACAGACUGUAUUUCUUUAUUUAUUUAUAUGGAACCAACCUACGGGCCUAAUGUUAAGCUCACUCUAUAUACAAUAAGUUCACAUCACAUCCUUGUAGGUAUUUUAAUUUUGUUCUUUUUUAACGAAAGUAAUGUGUAGUAAUAAAAUAUAAAUGGUUACUAACUAAAUGUACAUUUUUGUAGUCGGAAACAAUAUAUUAGGUACAAAACAUAUUGACUAAGUUUUAAUUUAUAUUUAUAGACGAAUGAACGGUGGAAAAUGGAUAUUUGUAAAUUGAUUAUCACACUGUAUGUAAGAUGUAAAAAGGUAUGUUACGUGAGUAAUUUAUUGAAUCAAAAUAUAACACGAUUAAACACA